AUGUCAUCGCUGGUGAAGAAUCUAAAAAGUUUAACACCAAGUGUGCCUCGAGCUAUCGUCACUUGGGACAAAGCCGAAAGAAUUCGGAGAAACGAAGAAAUUUUCAAAGAUCAAGAAAGUGUUGUUCACCGAUUACCCGAUCACUACAAGAAAAGAUAUUGGGAGAUGAUUUUGUCUGACAAAGCUCCUGUCCACUACAGCCCACCAAAUUCUCGAGUCGCUUAUGAUUCUUUCAAAAAUCAAGAAGUCCAGCUUGAAAAUAAUCCGAUCGUUGGUAUUCGAACUCCAGAAGGCGAUCAAGGAUUGUGGGGUGGUGAGAGAGUCGUUAAAGGAUGGAUCGAAUCGGCGCCAUACACAAAGAAAAAAAUUUUGCCAAGAUACUGGGUUCCGAAACUAUUUUUCCCUGCUCUCAAGACCGUUGUUCUUCACUCCGAAAUUCUCGAUAAGUAUAUGAAAGUCACAGUUACUGAGCGAGCAAUGAGGCUGAUCGAUGAGAACUUCGGACUAGAUUAUUAUAUUCUGAAAAGCAAAGAAAUCGAUUUGGAUUCCAAAUUCGCUAAUUUGUUGAAACGCGAGAUGCUUCUCACGCUUGCAGCUGGGACCUACUACGACUAUGACGAUGACAAGAAGGCAUAUAUCAAAGAAAAGUAUUCAGAAUUUUGUAUUCCCGAGGAAGAAGCUGAAUGGAUCGGGUUAGAAUUGAAUGAGGCAGCCAGAAAACAACAAGAUUUAGAGGAUUCCGUAGCGCCAGUGCCACUUAAAUAUGGACUAGAAAAAUCUCUCGUUGAACGUCUUCGAAACGGCACUGACGACAUUUCCCAAGAAUUGGAGAAUCCAGAAGGACCAGUGAGAACAGAAUCAAAGUUCGGAGAAAAAAUGCUUGGAAAAUAUUUGAACCCGAUUGGAAAGAAACUUCGAAGUGCCACCAAUUAA